AGGGCCCACACCGCAGGGCUGGGAAGCUCCGAGUCUCCACCCUGUCUUCCCAUUGGCGACUCCAGGUCCUAGCCAUGAGACCCCUGCUCCUCUCCACUGGCCCCCGUGCACGGGCCCUGGUGAAGCUGCUGUUGCCGCUACUGGUGGUGCAACUUUGGGCCGCAGAGGCGCUGCUUCCGGGAAACAGCACGGACUCGGCGGCCUUGGGCGCCCCGUGCGCGCGAGGCUCGCAGCCCUGGCAGGUCUCCCUCUUCAACGGCCUGUCCUUCCACUGCGCUGGCGUCCUGGUGGACCGGAGCUGGGUGCUCACGGCCGCGCACUGCUGGGACAAUAAGCCGCUGUGGGCUCGGGUCGGGGACGACCACCUGCUACUUCUCCAAGGGGAGCAGCUGCGCCUGGCUUCCCGGGCCGUUGUCCACCCCAAAUACCGCCGAGGCCCGGCCCCAAUCCUGCCCCGACGGACCGACGACUACGACCUAGUGCUUCUGAAGCUGGGCCGGCCCGCCGACCUGGGGCCCCGCGUGCAGACGCUACGGCUGCCGGUCAGCUGCACCCAUCCCGGGGACACCUGCCACGUGGCCGGCUGGGGCACCACCGCAGCCCGCAGAGUGAAGUACAACAGAGGCCUGAGCUGCUCCCGGGUGAGAGUCCUGAGUUCUAAGGAGUGUGAGCUCUUCUAUCCAGGCGUGAUCACCAGCAACAUGAUCUGUGCAGGACUAGACAAAGGCCAGGACCCUUGCCAGAGUGACUCGGGCGGCCCUCUCGUAUGUGGGGACACCCUGCAGGGUGUCCUGUCCUGGGGCAUGUACCCCUGCGGCUCUGCCCAACACCCAGCUGUCUACACCCGAAUCUGCAAGCUGGUCCCAUGGAUUGAGAAGACCAUCCGCUCCAACUAACCUUACCACUGCCCCCACAUUCCUCCCACUGCCCCCACCCCACACUUGGGUGCACCUGCCCCUCACUCCUCCUGCCCACUGGAGCUCUUGGCUCAUGCUGGGGCCCAAGGGCAGAAAGUCAACGUCAAGUUUGUUCAAAGAAGCAAGAAAGCUGGCAGUCUUCUGAAAGUUUCUGGAGCCAUGGCACCUAGUUUCUGCUACAGCCCACUGCUAUAUGCCCCAAGAUAAGCUGAGUGUCCUCUCUGUGCCUUGGUACUCCCAUCUACAAGAUGGAGACCAUGCAGUGCCCAUCUCUUAACCACUGUGCGCGUCAAUCUUUGUGAUUGUUGGGGAGUGCUGAAGGCAGUGAGCCUUGAGCACAGAAUAAAUGUUAUCUGAUGGUGCAUGCCUGUGACUACCCAAGGGAAACGGGGGGGCGGGGGGAAAUGUCUUCAUUCCCAAGCAACCCCAGUCCCCAAUGGCUGAUGGGAAAAUCAUGCCCCACACUCCCCCAUGACUGGGCACAGACAGCAUCCAGUUCCU